GUACCGCCCGCCGAUCCCGUGAUGCAGGUCUGAGCACGCGGAUCACGAGACUAUCCGCGGACCGCGGCCGUAGCUGUGCCAUGACCUCGGAGGGGGACGUGCGCGCCCGGCUACAGCGCGCUGGCCAGGAGCACCUCCUGCGCUUCUGGCCAGAGCUGGCGCCGGGACAGCGCGCCGCGCUGCUGGCGGAGCUGGCGGCCCUGGAACCCGAGACGCUGCGCGAGCACUGCCAGCAAGCGGCCGCGGCCUGCCAGAGUCCCCCUGGGCCGCCGCCCGACCUGGCCGAGCGCCUGCGGCCCCUGCCCCCCGAGCGCGUGGGCAGCGCGAGCCGCAGCGACCCUGCGACGCGGCGGCGCUGGGAGGACGAAGGCUUCCGCCAGAUUGCCCAGAACAAGGUGGCUGUUCUGCUGCUGGCCGGCGGGCAGGGCACUCGCCUGGGUGUGGCCUACCCCAAGGGCAUGUAUUGUGUGGGACUGCCCAGCGGGAAGACGUUAUACCAGCUGCAGGCGGAGCGGAUUCGGCGGGUGGAGCAGCUGGCCGGGGAGCGCCGGGGGACACGCUGCACUGUGCCCUGGUACAUCAUGACCAGUGAGUUCACCCUGGGGCCCACUGCUGAGUUCUUCAAGGAGCACAACUUCUUCGGCCUGGAGCCUGCCAACGUGGUCAUGUUUGAGCAGCGCAUGCUGCCUGCCGUGACCUUUGAGGGCAAGGCUAUCCUGGAGCGGAAAGACAAAGUCGCUAUGGCCCCAGACGGCAAUGGUGGCCUAUAUCGCGGGCUAACGGACCACCAGGUCCUGGAGGACAUGGAGCGCCGGGGAGUGGAGUUUGUGCACGUGUAUUGUGUGGACAACAUCUUGGUGCGGCUGGCUGACCCAGUCUUCAUAGGCUUCUGCGUGCUGCAGGGGGCGGAUUGUGGCGCCAAGGUGGUGGAAAAGGCGUACCCCGAGGAACCUGUGGGCGUGGUGUGCCAGGUGGACGGUGUGCCCCAGGUGCUGGAGUACAGCGAGAUCAGCUCUGAGACUGCGCAGCUGUGUGCCUCAGAUGGGCGUCUGCUCUACCAUGCAGGCAACAUCUGCAACCAUUUUUUCACCCGAGGUUUUCUCCAGAUGGUUACCAGGGAGUCUGAGCCCUUGCUGAAGCCACAUGUGGCAGUGAAGAAGGUCCCGUACGUAGAUGAAGAGGGAAAUCUGAUAAAGCCGCUAAAACCAAAUGCGAUAAAGAUGGAGAAGUUUGUGUUCGAUGUGUUCCAGUUUGCUAAAAACUUCGUAGCCUUUGAAGUACUACGGGAAGAGGAGUUUUCCCCACUGAAGAAUGCUGACCCAGCCGACAGGGACAGCCCUUGCACUGUCCGGCAGGCCCUGCUCACCCAGCACUACCAGUGGGCUCUACAGGCUGGGGCCCGCUUCCUGGAUGCACACGGGGCCCAGCUUCCCGAGCUGCCCAGCUUGCCCCUGAAUGGAGACCCUCCAGCCAUCUGUGAGAUAUCACCCUUAGUGUCUUACUCUGGAGAGGGUUUGGAAGUGUACCUGCAAGGCCGGGAGUUCCAGUCCCCACUCAUCCUGGAUGAGAACCAGAAAUGGAAGCAACUGUCGAGAUUACAGCGGAAUGCGAUUCUCUUCCUCUUCGCCUUUCUGAUUCUCUGUGGACUCCUGUCCUACGCCAGUUUGGCUGACCAGUGGAAAGGUAUCCGGGACUCGUGUGCCUGAGGGGGUACUUGUGUCGAGGGGCUGAGGGUUGCCUGGGCAGAAGCGGUCUUGCAUUCUACCGUAAACAGCUCCAGGCGGCAAAUAUGGCAAGGAAUUGGCAAGAGAAAGGUAGAACUGUAUUUGGCUAGAAGCAUCUGACUAGAAGGUAGAUGUUAAUUUGAUGCUGUCUGGCUGCUUUCUAGGUAUCUGGUGUAAGUACUGAUGUCUCUGGCCACUCUGCCUUAGAGUGAAUCAAGUCGUGAGCUAAAGAAUUACGUGAAUAACUAAGUACACAGAUUUCCUAACACUCGUUAUGGUGUGUUUGGAAAGAGCAGGGAGAGGUCUGGUGAGGAUGUAGAGACUCUUCUGAAUUUCUCCAAGAUGGUUGUGUGUAGGAGGAAGGUAAAGAGCUGCUGCAGGUUGCUCAGACAGAUUGCCUGUCUGCCACCAUGCUGUACUUUCUGAAGCGGAAAGCAUUCAGGUGAAGCCUUGGGGUGUGUUGUGCAUAAGGAGACAGACUGCUAAGUGCUUAUAAAAAGACCCGUUCCCUUUGGCCAUUCCUGAAUUCAUUUCAGUGACUUUUCGUUCUCGUUGUGUUGCUGUGUAGCAGACAACACCCACAGGAGUUUGGGG